UGAGUCACACUGCGUCUGCGCGGUGUUCACGUGGUUCCGGAUCUGGGUUUGGUUUAUAGAUCUGUUAGAGAAACUGAGGCUCGGAGAGGAAGCAACCGCCCCGAAACCCACAGGAAACCUGUUUCCCUUCGUUGGACCCACUGUGAAAGGCCUGGCCCCAGGUGAGGACGUGCACCCUCAGAUGUGAACGAGGUCGCGCCCCUGUAGCUGCUUUGGUGCCUGGAUUCGAACCGGGGCUGAGCCGAGAUCUGAGUCCUCCGAGGCCUCGUGGAGCCAAGAUGACCCACUCUUUGGUUUGCCCAGAGACUGUUAGCAAGGUAAGUUCUGUGUUGAAUCGUAACUACCGGCAGUUUGGAAAGAAACACCUGUUUGACCAGGAUGAGGAGACGUGCUGGAACUCAGAUCAGGGCCCCUCCCAGUGGAUAAUACUGGAGUUUCCCCAGCGCAUCUGUGUCUCCCAACUGCAGAUCCAGUUCCAGGGGGGCUUCUCCAGUCGCCAGGGUCGUCUGGAAGGUUCCCAGGGGAGUGAGGCUCUUGCUAAGAUUGUGGACUUUUACCCUGAGGACAACAACUCGCUUCAGACAUUCCCUGUGCCAGCUGCUGAGGUAGACCGGCUGAAGGUGACAUUUGAGGACACCACUGAUUUCUUUGGCCGAGUGGUCAUCUACCACCUUCGGGUACUAGGGGAGAAGAAAGUAUGAGACCGCUGGGUGGCUCUCUCCUACAGGAAGCCCUCAGAGAAGCACAGCUUAGUCUUUCAAGUUCUGCACAGAAGGUUUAUUGGCUCCUCUUGGAAAGGGCCCCCUCCCACCGUCUGUCCAGGAGCUGCCUUUGAAGCCAGGUCUGGGUUCCCCCAGCUCUGGGUUGAUCAUUUUGUUCCCUGAGUGUCUGAGUCCCUGGCAGAUGAUGUUCACUCGGCAUCGGCGGGCACCAGGUUGCUCUGGAAGAGUUUGAGGAUGUGGUUCUCAAUCACCUGUUGCACUGGGAACAGGACAGGGGAAAGGUGGGCAUGAGCUGAACAGUGGCUGCAGUCACAGGCCAACCCGUACCUCUCUUUAGGGUAUGAACAGAGGCUUCUCAGCCCUGGGACCUGGAUGGAGGACCUUUCUCAUACACAGGGAAAUCUAGGCCCUUGCCAGAGUAGAACAGGAAGACAGAAGGCCCCCAUCCUAGGAACCUCAAUUUCUCCUAAGUUUCUAGAAAUGCAUUUUUGGAGACUUUUCAGAGUUAUAAAAAUAUUCCUUACCAAAAAAA